CGUAGUCACGUUGGCGGAAGUGCGUGAGAGUGAGUGGAGCUGGGAGUCCGGCGUGGGUUUUGUGUUUAUAACUGUCCGUAUUUGUGAUUAUCAUUCCAAACUUUUGUAAAUAGAAGGAGGAAGGCAUUGCGAUGUCGCAGGUCGUCCUCGGACAGUUUGACGACGCAGAAGAAUUGGGCAGUGACUCAGAGUUCAGCCACGUUACAGAGAAACGGCCAUCGCUAGAGGACAAACUCGACGGAGUGACGUUGCGGCCGUUAUCUGUAGAGUCUAAAACGCAAAAUGAUAACGAAGAGGAAGAUGAUGAUGAUGAGGAGGAGGAGGAGGAUGAUGAUGAUGAAUGGGACUGGAAAGGGUCAGCCGGAGGAGAUUUUACUAAACGCUACACUGCAAUGCGGAUGGGGAACAAUCAGCAGGCAAACAGACAGAGAACACAAAAGUCAGAAAAGCUCUCGACGCCAUCCGACAAGGUGCUGAGGAAGUUUGAACACAAAAUAAACCUGGAUAAGCUGAACUACGCCGAUUCCGUCAUCAACAAAGUCACCGCUAUGCAAAGACAGAGAGAAGCAGACACGUAUCGAGUUAAAGACAAGUCCGAUCGAGCUACGGUGGAACAGGUUUUGGACCCCAGGACUCGCAUGAUUCUCUUCAAAAUGCUCAGCAGAGGCGUCAUUUCGGGGAUUAACGGCUGCAUCAGUACAGGAAAAGAGGCCAACGUCUACCACGCGACAACGGCUAAAGGAGAAAGCCGAGCUAUUAAGAUAUUCAAGACCUCCAUCCUGCUGUUUAAGGACCGGGAUAAAUACGUCAGUGGAGAGUUCAGGUUCCGGCACGGCUACUGUAAAGGCAACCCGAGGAAGAUGGUACGGACGUGGGCUGAGAAGGAGAUGAGGAACCUGAUAAGACUACACACAGCGGGGAUUCCCAGUCCAGAGCCCAUCAUGCUUCGGAGCCACGUCUUGGUUAUGGGCUUCAUUGGAAAAGAUGAUAUGCCUGCACCUUUACUAAAGAACGCAGCGCUGUCCGAAUCCAAAGCGCGUGAGCUGUACCUGCAGGUCAUCCAGAAGAUGAGGCUGAUGUAUCAGGAGGCUCGGCUCGUGCACGCAGAUCUCAGCGAGUUUAACAUGCUGUACCACGACGGAGAUGCGUACAUUAUAGACGUCUCUCAGUCGGUGGAGCACGAUCAUCCUCACGCACUGGAGUUUCUCCGCAAAGACUGCAAUAACGUUAACGACUUUUUCCAAAAACACAGUGUAGCUGUGAUGACGGUUCGGGAGCUGUUCGAGUUCAUCACAGACCCGUCCAUCACCAGCGACAACAUCAACCAGUACCUGGACAAGGCGAUGGAGAUCGCAUCAGCCAGAACAGCAGAGGAGAGAUCCAACCAAGACAAAGUGGACGAGGAGGUGUUCAUGAAGGCUUAUAUUCCUCGUACGCUAAACGAAGUGAGUCAUUACGAACGAGACGUGGACGCCAUGAUGAAGGAGCAGGAGAAUAAACAGCAUGAUAACAUCCUGUACCAGACAGUGAUGGGUCUGAAAAAGGAUCUUUCAGGCGUGCAGACGGUUCCUUCCUUACUAGAAGGCUGUGCUGAAGAAGGGAGCUCCGGCAGUGACGAAGAGGAGGACGAUGAAGAUGAGCAGGAAUCUGGAGAAGAGGACACGCAGGAACACGACGGCCAGGACAAGACGCAACCGCUGGACAAAAAAGAAAGAAAGAAGCUGGUAAAAGAAGCUCAGAGGGAGAAGCGAAAAAAUAAAUUACCAAAGCACGUGAAGAAGCGCAAGGAGAAAGUGGCCAAGAUGAAGAAAGGAAAAUGAAAGGGAACUGUCGUGCUCAUGCUCAUGACCUGACACACACACACACAUGUUCUUUAUUUAAAAAAAUAAAAUGAUCAAUUCUGAUAUAACCUCCUGUACAUCUGAUGAAUUGGUCAAUUAAAACUUUUAUAAGGUU